AUGUUCGGCGUGAAAUCCCCGCGCGAUGGCGGUGGGAAGAACGCCUCCCCUCGCUAUUCCUCCUCUGCCUUCGGUUUGAAAGACUUUGACCUGAUGAACGACGACUCGAGCAGAGAACAAGAAUCUCUUGCUUCGGCGGAAAAGGUACGGACGAUGUGUCUCCUCUUAAUAGCCAUCAUAAUGAGUUCCGCGGCGUUGUACUGGUUGCAAAGAGUCCUCGUCCCUUUGGUUUUAGCGGUGAUGAUGAGCUACACGUUAGCGCCUUUGGUUGAUUUUUGCACGCACCGAGCGAAAGUACCACACGGAGCGUCGAUUACGAUCGCGUUAUUCUUUGGUUUAGGAAUAUUGUGCUCUCUUUUGUUCUUGAUUUCGCACAGCGUGAAGGACUUGGUGCAAGACGCGAAGAAAUACGAAAGGUACGUCGUUCGAUUGACGAACAGAGCGGGAGAGACGCUGUCGAGAAAAAACAUCGACAUGGACGUGAUUGAGGCGCAGUUGCAAGAUAUCCCGCUGGCGAAGAUGGUGGCGCAAUCGACGCACGCGAUGUUGCAAGCGGUUUUAGACCUGUUGAGUAACGUCGUGUUGGUGUUGAUUUUCGUCGUGUAUUUGUUGGAAGGGAGACGAAGACAGAAAGUGGAGAGGAGAGUUCCGGGCGGGGUAUGGACGAGAAUUGAAACGAGGAUUAAGCGGUACAUUUUGCUGAAGUUUUUUGUGAGCACUUUGAACGGGUUCAUCGCGGCGAGCAUUUACUACGCGCUGAACGUAGAGUUGGCGAUGGUUUUCGGAGUGCUGCACUUUGUGAUGAAUUUUAUUCCGCACGUCGGGCCAAUUAUCGCGACUGUUUUGCCGCUACCGGUCGUGUUGGUGUCGAAAGAUAUUCAUUUCUUGCACGUGACGUUGGCGAUAUUACUCCCAGGUAUGACGCAUUUUACGAUUGGAAACGUCGUCGAACCGAAAUUGAUGGGCGGACACUUGGAUUUGCACCCGAUUACGGUUCUUUUGUGUUUGAUAUUUUGGGGUAUGUUGUGGGGUAUUCCAGGAAUGGUUUUGGCGGCACCUAUUACGGCGAGCUUGAAGAUCUUGUGUGAGUCGGUGGAGGUGAUGCAUCCUUUAGCUUUGAUCUUAUCGGGCAACAUAGAAGAGGCGUUAGACGGGAAAGCGCCGCCGACGGUGGCGGAGCCAUCGAUCGAGGAAGGCGUGAGAACAGUGGUUCAAGACACCAUGGACGGUUUGCACGCGUUGAAAGAAGUGGCGACAACGGGCGGCGAAGGAGUGCCCACGAUGAAGCACGCGAGACAUUGA